AUGCCCUCAGGCUCACUGAGACAUCGCCUAGUACCCGAGGCCGUGCUGGGCUUGUCGCAGUGCCAGCUGGCAGCGGAGGCCUCGCCUCGCGGUCUAAGGCAGGCUGUGCAGGCGGCCCACGGCCUGCAUCACGCCUUCGUGGUGGCCGUGCAGCUGCGCACAGCCCGAGCGGCUCUGGGGGCCGCCUUUCCCAGGGCGACCCUCGGUCGGGCUCCAGCGUGGAAGCCACGAGGACAUUUUCAGGGGGACGGUGUUGCGAUCCCAGGAGACAGCGUCCUCCGCGUGAAAGGCCGGUCUCCUGCUCUGCCUCUGCUCUUCCGCUCCAGGUCUCAAGACCCGGAGUUCACCGAAAGUACGCCUCUGCUCCGGAAUUCCUCACAAGACAAAGGGUCACGGAGCAUGCGUGCUCACCACCCUGAGUUCAUUCCUGAUGCAGAAUCAUGGGAAAACAGCUUGGCUGAGUGGGAGCACAGCUACAUGCUGACCAGAGAGGUGGCGGGUUGGUCUACAUCUGCCUCUUCAGAGAAGGAAGACCUAACAGACAGCACUGACCUCAGAGUCCCUCUGUUGAAGCUGAAGCGCUGUGUGCGGUGGCUGAAAGUCACAGGCCUGUUUGUCUUUGUGGUGCUGUGCUCUAUUCUGUUCAGCCUGUAUCCAGAUCAAGGAAGGCUCUGGCAGCUGCUGGCCGUGUCACCGCUGGAAAGCUACUCUGCGAACCUCAGUGGCCACCGAGACUCCACGCUGCUGCAGCUCAGCCUGGCGGGGGCGCUGGCGGCCAGUGGACCGAGCCGUUCCGGGCGAGAAGAGCAUGUCGUGGUGGAGGUGACCCAGACGGGCGCUCUGAGCUCCAGGCGGCGGCAGCCACAGCAGGUCACCCAGAACUGGACAGUACUUUUGAAUCCAAGCAGAAGCGAGCACUCGGUGGUGAGCAGGACCUUUGCCAUCCUGAGCAGAGAAAGUGUCUCCGUCAGUAUCCGGACCUCCCUGCAGCAGAGCCAGGCCAUCCCCCUCCUGCUGUCCCACCAGUACCUCCGCAUCAGCACCAACGCCCAAGUGGUCAUCGCAGCCGCCAUCCUCGCGGGGGUCUACACACUGAUCAUAUUUGAGAUCGUGCACAGGACUCUGGCGGCCAUGCUGGGAGCCCUCGCCGCGCUGGCAGCUCUGUCUGUGAUUGGCGACAGACCCAGCCUGACGCAGGUGGUGGAGUGGAUAGAUUUUGAAACCCUGGCCCUGCUGUUUGGCAUGAUGAUACUAGUAGCUGUAUUUUCAGAAACGGGGUUUUUCGAUUAUUGUGCUGUAAAGGCUUACCGGCUGUCCCGAGGGCGAGUGUGGGCCAUGAUCCUCAUGCUGUGUCUCAUCGCCGCUGUCCUGUCUGCCUUCCUGGACAACGUCACCACGAUGCUGCUCUUCACUCCAGUGACCAUAAGGUUAUGUGAGGUGCUCAACCUUGAUCCAAGACAAGUCCUGAUUGCAGAAGUGAUCUUCACAAACAUAGGAGGAGCGGCCACAGCCAUCGGGGACCCACCCAAUGUCAUCAUCGUCUCCAACCAGGAGCUGCGGAAGAUGGGUCUGGAUUUCGCCAAGUUCACAGCGCACAUGUUCGUUGGGAUUUGCCUUGUCCUCCUGGUCUCCUUUCCACUCCUCAGACUCCUUUACUGGAACAAAAAGCUUUAUAACAAGGAGCCCAGCGAACUUGUGGAACUGAAGCAUGAGAUUCGCGUGUGGCGGCUGACAGCCCAGCGCAUCAGCCCGGCCAGCCGAGAGGAGGCAGCUGUGCGUACCCUGCUGCUGGGGAAGGUGCGGGCGCUGGAGCACCUGCUAGCCCAGAGGCUGCGCAGCCUCCAGAGACAAAUCUCCCAGGAAGAUAAAAAUUGGGAGACCAAUAUCCAGGAGCUCCAAAAAAAGCACAGGAUAUCAGACGGGAUUCUGCUUGUCAAGUGCCUGAUAGUGCUGGGAUUUGUCAUCUUCACCUUCUUUCUCAAUUCAUUUGUUCCCAGCAUUCAUCUUGAUCUUGGAUGGACUGCCGUUCUGGGUGCCAUGUGGUUGCUAGUUCUAGCUGAUGUCCAUGAUUUUGAGAUAAUUCUACACAGAGUGGAGUGGGCGACCCUCCUGUUCUUUGCAUCACUCUUUGUUUUGAUGGAGGCGUUGGCACACCUCCACCUGAUAGAAUACGUCGGGGAGCAGACUGCUUUGCUGAUAAAGAUGGUCCCAGAGGACCGGCGCCUGGCCGCGGCCAUUGUCCUGGUGAUGUGGGUCUCAGCCUUGGCAUCGUCCUUGAUCGAUAACAUCCCGUUCACUGCCACCAUGACUCCUGUGCUCCUGAGCCUGAGCCGAGACCCUGGGGUCAGCCUGCCGGCCACGCCACUCAUGUACGCCCUGGCCCUUGGUGCCUGCCUAGGAGGUAAUGGGACGCUGAUUGGCGCAUCUGCGAACGUCGUCUGUGCGGGGAUCGCAGAGCAGCACGGCUGUGGAUUCUCUUUCAUGGAGUUUUUCAGGUUGGGCUUCCCAAUGAUGAUCGUGUCCUGCAUGGUUGGGAUGUGUUACCUCCUCGUUGCCCACGUGGUGUUGGGAUGGAAUUAGUAAGCAGUCACCGUCGGAAGACUACGGGAGACUUAAUCCACCAUCCACGUCAGCCAGAAAGCUGCCCGGGACCA